CCUUUGUAACGUUUAUAGGUCUCGCUUUUGAUUGCCACAGGAAAUGCAGGGCACUUCAUGACAGAGACACGGGAUGAAGACGAAGGCUCGUCCCCAGAUCCCUACAAUCUUGGGAAUCGUGGCAGAUUGGAAUUUUUUCUGUUCACCACAUCGGUUGGUAUGAUUAUUGUCAUGGUUAUGUUUUUGCUGUUUAUUACUGGAUUACAGGAGAAAAUCAAUGGAACUCAAACAGUAAGUUUAAAUGUACAGACCGAAACUAAACAAUAUUUCUCAUGCCAAAAAAUCCUGUAGGAUUCCGGUAGGAAUGCCAUAUUUGAUUUUGGUCCAAAUUUCUAUUGGAUCCAAUAGAAAAUUGUAUGAGAUGCUAUGAAGAAUAUAAAGUUCCUAGAGAAAUUUUUCGUUGAAUUACUUAAAUAAUUUACAUGCUUUAAACUAUCCCACAUCCUUUUAUCAUUUUUCUCUCCCAAAAUUAAUCUCUCGGGAUUCUUCAAAAUUCAUUCACCCCAAUGCAGUACAAGAGAUAGAGCAAUGAAGCCUGAAUGACUUCGAAUCGGGUGGGAGGGUAUUCUUCCCAUCAAAAGUUUGAAAACUAUAGUAUAGGCUCCGUGUAGCAAAUUCUUUCCCUGAUGGAGGCUCUAAUACAGUAUAACUUUGACAGUAAUAUAUAUUUGCAAACCUUUUGGAUUAAAAUCUUUAUGCAAGUACGAGAGCAUUCUUCCCCAUUAAAAGUAUAAAACCAAGCUCUCUGUAGGAAAUACUUUUAGUUUAGGAGUUUAGUUGACAUUAAUAUAUUUGCAAACCUUAUGAGAAUGAGGUCUCAGGUCAAAUGUCCAUUUUUCAAUUUUAGGUAGCCCAGAUUUGGUGGGCAAUCAAGUGGGAUUUAAAAAUGAGCUAACAAUUAGUUCUAUCUCCUGAAAAUUACAUAUAUUUUAAUUAUUUCAUUUUAGAUGGCUGAAGUUUAUGUAAUAUGGACCUUGAUGCUUCUUAUUUCUACAGGCCUGCUUGCAAAAACUUUGACUGAUCUUCAUUCAAAAGAUACUGGCUUUGACAGGAUUUCUAGAUAUGAUUUCUAUGAAGAAAUAAACGUGAAUUACCAGUGCAGUCAGCUGAUGACGGCUGUGGUAAGCAUCCUCACAUUAAUGGUGUUAAUCCGGUUUAAAGGUGAAAGGGAGAAGUUUAUAUAAAUGGUUAAAGCCUAAAAGGUCCAUGAAGUUUUGGAUCCUUUUAUUUCGAGUUUUUGAUUUUUGACCAAUUGUCGGAUAUCACUCUCAUCAGUCUCAUGUCAUAAUCGACAAAAUAUACCUUGGAGAUAAACAUAAAACAGCACUGAAUUAAAACUGCAUAAAAAACGAUCCACUGAUCCAUUUGGUCUAGAGUCGACUGCUCCCAGUUCCAUUUAGGGUUACCUUUUAAUCAGCAAUACCACAAAAGAUUUCAGAGAAAACAUUUAAACGUUUCUGCUUUCUUAUGCAUGACUAUAGCUUAGGUAUUAGAAAAUUGAAUAACAAAAUUUGUUAGCGUUAAUUGUAAUGGGUGUACAGGUGAUUUUUAUUCUCAAGAGUAACGAGGAAAAAAAAUUUUUGAAGGACAUGAAACAAAUAUAGUUUUCAAUCGAAAUUAAAUUGUAAUAACUGACGUGUUCAUAUCAUGUAUAUUUAAUUGCUUUCUCCACACUACGGACAAAAUUAAUCCUCACAACCAAACGUUCUCAACAUAAAUGUCCUAUAUAUACUAUACAUUCAUGAAAAUUCUUGCUCUAAAUAUUUUGUUGUACGUGCACGAUCAUGCACAACGAAAAUAUUGAUUAACUGUUUUUCUCUAACAUUUUCAUAAAAAAAAAUCUAAAGAACGCUAGAAGAACAGAAAAUCUACCGCAGGCAAAAACAAUUUAUAACUUUAAUUUUUUGUUUAGGUUUCCGGUUUUGUUUCAACGUUUUUCUUCCUUCUGCAUUCUGGUAUCUAUAUAUUCACGUUCGUGACCUCUCAGACAGUGCAACCGAAACAGGCGAAAACCGUUGUAUUCAAUAAACGUUUCCCAAGCUAGCGCGAAACCUCGUUCCAACCUUGUUCCAACCUCGUCCUCUUCGUCUUAAUGGUAAAAUUAUGUAGAUUACAAUAAAUUUUCGUCAUCAGUAUGUACAGUUUUUGUACAUUGGUCAGCGGACGAAAUUAUGAGGUAUAACGCUUUUUUUCAUAAAUUAGAAUUCUUAAUGACGUCAGCACGGACAUGCAACAUGUUGUACUGUACAAGACGCAAAAUCGCGCGAGAUUCCUUGUGCAACUCACCACGUCAGGUCAUUUACUGGAAAUUCUUUAUUUUUAAUUUAUUCCCCGGAAACGAAUGAUUACGCUGGUUUGUAAGUUGUUCGUAUAGCAUUAAGUUUUGUAAGUCUUGUAUAAGGAUUUUGUGAGGAUUACUAUCCAGUCACCUUAAGCACACUAAUGGAGUCCUUAAGAUUGACGGUUGACAGCACACUGCUAACAGCAAAAGGCAAACUUCAAAUCGUAUUUUGAUAUCUACUGCUUGUUAGCCUUAUUGACGUUAAGGGAUUUUGUGCAUCAAAAUUGAAACCAACAAGACGCUCUAUGGAGUGUUAACUCGCUGGGGCUAUACAACGGACGCACAUUACUGUUAAGAUCUAAAGGCUGAUUUCCACUGUUGCGUUUUUUUACGCACGUACACGCACGUAAAAUUUUGAAUCCUUUUAUUUUUAAAUAUUUUACAAAUAAGUUAACAAAUGC